AUGGAAUAUCUUAAUCAGACAUCGGUGCAGGAACUCGGGCAUCAGGCUACUGUUAUUGCUAUCAAAGAUGGCGAUCUGCUUGCUCCGGUUGCGAAUUUUAUGAAAGUUAGGACCGUUACUUGGAUUGCUGCUGCUAUUCCGUUGGUGCUUUUGAUAUACAGGUUGUUGAUUGACCGCAAGCUGCAAUCCAACUUUCUUGUUAGAAGAUAUCACGCAUGGAGGUACCUGUUCAGUGGUCCUCAGAUCAUCCAAGAUGCAUUCAACAAGGCUGGUGGAAAACCGUUCGAGGUUCUCGCUCCCGACAACCGCUAUGUCUUUGUUUCCUCGUUGAAACAUAUCAAGGAGCUUGACAGCGCUCCGGAUACCGUUCUCUCUCUCCAAGCAGCAUCAAAACAAAUGUUACAGCCAGUGUACACCAUGACGGGUUUCAACUGGUUCGACAGACGUGGUACAGAGGGAGUUGGAUUUGUACGAGCUCUUCGUACCAUGCUUACGGCGAAUCUUCCGCAGAUCCUCCCGGAUCUCAGCACGAUUAUCAGAACUAGAUUUGAGGAGAUUCAUGAAACGCAUCCUACGGUAGAUGGUGAGAAGCAGUCGGAGGUGUAUCACAUGAUUGUACAGCUGGUAGUCUUGUCCAACGCCGUGUCAUUUUUCGGAAAAGAUCUCGCCAAAAACGAGCAAUUCAUGGUCUCAGCACUCGCGUACAUCGAACACACUCUGAUAUGCGCCGAGGUCGUACGCUUGGUUCCAAAAUGGCUAGCACCCAUUAUUGGUGGUAUUAUUGCCAAGAGACUUCACGCACACGAGAUUAUCUUCAACACGCUACUUCCUGUCGCACAGCAGCGGAUCGAUGAGAAAGCACUUGCAGACUUGGGUCAACAAGCGGAUUGUAUUCAAUGGAUUAUGGAGACGUCUCCGAGAGCUAAUCCGUGGAAUGCGAAGCGGAUUGUUCAUGAGUUGAUGGCGAUUUGGUUUGGUUCUGUACAUGCGCUUUCUACAACCAUCACAUUUGCUAUUCACGAUCUCUGCAUACAUCCAGAAUAUGUUGCUCCAUUACGACAAGAGAUGGAAGAGGGAUAUGCGGAUUUUGAGAAAACUGGUCUAGGUCUUCCUCUGGUAGACAGUUUCAUCAAGGAAUCUGCUCGUCUCACUCCGGUCGAGUCAAUGAGCACACGAAGACAUGCACUCCAACCAUUCGAGCUCUCUGACGGCACAAAGGUCAACGUCGGCGACUGGGCAUGCACACCCGUUCGUGCAAUCAUGACAGACCCGGAGACCUACCCAUCACCCAACGACUUCAACGGCUUCAGAUUUGCCGAUCCAAGUAUCGUAGAAGAAGUUGUCGGAGGCUUCAAGACACCACAAGAGAAGCCAUCGAAGCUCACUGAUGUAGGAAGUACCUUUCAUGUCUGGGGUACGGGAAGAAUGGCCUGCCCAGGCAGAUUCUACGCCGCUGCGUGCAUGAAAGUUCUGAUGGGUCAAAUCAUCAUGAACUACGAUAUGAAACUCAUCAACCCCGAAGCUCCUCGCAUGUUCACGUGGAGAUCAAGCAUGUUACCUCGACCGAAGACGAAGAUGGUGUUUACUCCUCGCGUUUGA